AACGCUUCGUCUUCUGCUUCAAGCCGUUGCAGAUGCCGAUUUUAUUUCAUGGGGAAGGUAUUAAUCUCUUCAAUUUCUCAAUUUUUACCGUUGAAUCAGAAUCAGUCACAUAUAUAGUUGUAUAAAUAGAAUGAGGUAAAUUAAUUCUUCUCACCAAUUUACUCUUUGAUUAUUGUCCUUCUUGUUCUUGAGCAAAAAAAUUCACACUGUAAUUUACAGAUUGUCUUCGUUUGGGUUCGUAGCGGCGAAGAUUGUUGUUGUACCCUCAUUGUCUAUUUGUCUUCUGGAAUCUGGAUUCUGGUAAUUGACUAUCAAGUUUGGGGCUACCUAUUACAAACUCUCAAGCUCCAAUUUCUCCAGCCUCCAGGUGCUAUUAUUCUAUCAUUCAGGAAGCAAAAUAUUUUUCAGUAAUUCUUGAUUGUACACCAGAUUUUAGUCACCAAGAGCAAAUGACUUUGAUAAUUCGAUGUGUUGAUAUGUCAUAUAGCAAAGUGAAAAUAGAAGAGUAUUUUUUAGAGUUUAUUAAGGUGGAUGAUACAUCUGGUUUAUGACUUUUUAAUGAAUUACAAAAUGUGCUAAAAUCACUUGAUCUUAAUAUUGAAGAUGUUAGGGGACAAGGUUAUGAUAAUGGUUCUAAUAUGAAAGGAAAACACCAAGGAGUUCAAAAAAGGUUGCUUGAUAUUAAUCCAAGAGCGUUAUACAUGCCAUGUGCUUGCCAUAGUCUUAAUCUAACUUUAAGUGAUAUGGCACAUUCUUGUGUGAAAGCAGUUUCUUUCUUUGGAAUAGUACAACGUAUAUAUACAUUGUUUUCAAGUUCUACUAAAAGGUGGAAAGUUUUACUCGGUAAUAUUGAAGGGUUGACUGUAAAAUCUUUGUCAAAUACACGUUGGGAAAGUCGUAUUAAUAGUGUUAAAGCAAUUAGAUUUCAAUGUGUUGAACUGAGGGAUGCUUUAUUAAAUUUAUGUGAUAUUUGUGAUGAUGCAAAGUCAAAAAGUGAAGCUGAAAGUUUAGCUACAUCAAUUGAAAAUUUUGAAUUUCUACUUGGUAUGGUUAUUUGGUAUGAAAUCUUAUCUAUUGUAAACAUGGUGAGUAAAAAAUUGCAAUCAAAAUCUAUGUGCAUUAACUCUGUCAUGAAUCAGUUAGAAGGUUUAAUUGCAUAUUUUGAAAAAUAUAGAAAUGAUGGUUUUAAUUCAAGUUUGGAUAUUGCUAAAAGCAUUGCAUCUAAUAUGAACAUAGAGCCAAUAUUUCCAACAAAACGUCGUAUUACUAGAAAAAAACAAUUUGAUGAAGGAGAAAAUGUUGAGGUUUCAUUAUCACCGGAGGAGUCAUUUAGAAUUGAAUAUUUUGUAGUUAUUGUGGACAUGGCAAUUGGUUCUUUAAAAUCUAGAUUUGAACAAUUGAAAUCAUUUGAACAUAUAUUUGGUUUUUUAUUUGAUUCGAAAGUUCUAAAGUCAUUGGAUAAUGAUGAAUUGAGAAAUUGUUGUGUUAAUCUGAACUCUGCUCUUACCCAUGAUAAUCUAUCUGAUGUUAAGUUAGAUGAUCUAUUUACGGAAUUAAAAAUAUUACAAGUGACUUUGCCAAAUGAGACAAUAUCUGCUAUUGAAAUUCUUGAAUUUGUGAAAAGUGCAGAUUGUUAUCCAAAUGCUGCAAUUGCUUAUAGAAUCAUGUUGACAAUGCCGGUUACUGUUGCGUCAGCUGAGAGGAGCUUCUCAAAGUUAAAGUUGUUGAAAACAUAUUUGAGAUCGUCAAUGUGCCAAGAGAGAUUGAAUGACUUGGCAAUAUUAUGUAUAAAAAAAGAGAUUUUAGAUAACAUAGAUUUGGACGAUGUUGUAGAUGAUUUUGCGAGUAAAAACGCUAGACGAAGUCAUUUUUAUAAGUAAUGAAAUAUUUUUAUUUUCAAUAUUUUGCGCGCAAAAAUAUAUUGAGGGCCCAUUUUUUUAGUUUCGCCCAGGGCCCCAUUUUUGCCAGGACCGGCCCUGCAU